AUGUCAGGAAAUCCAUUGUUAUCCAUUCAUUACGAUGGUGAAAUAGUGUAUGAUGAAGAAGGUUCAAUUGUCUUUAGAUCGGGUCAAUCGAUAAUUACCUAUAUGACACCGAAAGUCAACAGUUUAACAGCUUUGAAGAAUGUGAUAUUGCAUUCCAUCGGACAACAAGAAUCUAAAAGGGUGAAAAAAAUUUACUACAGAUAUCCGACCGAGUUAGAUGGCAAUUUGUUUUAUAAAAGGUACCGGUUGCGCGACGACGAUGACGUAUGGCUUAUAAGGUCGUGGCACAACCGAUGGACCAAUAUUCAUCUGUUGGAAUUAUACGUGUUUCUUGUUGACUUUGGUGGCCGAGGAUCAUCUGCAGAUACUGUCGAUGAUAGUCCAACGAGUGGAGUUGUUAGACGAACUAUCAGAAGGAAGAUGGUGGAUCUAAAUAUGCCACCUGAGGAUAGUCAGGAGGGGUCUAAUGUUGAAGUUCGUAACGUUGACUUAAUGGAUGACGGUCUUGAAAGUCAUGAGGGUUCUGCUAUCAAAGAUCUGAUGAUGGAGGCGUAUGAAGUCAACCCCGAUGAUGGAGAUGAUACUAACGAAGAACCACCCGAAAUCCCUGAUGAUGGUGACGAAGAAGAGGAAGAAGGGAUGAACUACUACGGUGACACACAGAUUGCUCUGACACAGCCUGCCAUUUCUCGAUCAUAUGACCGGUUGGAUCAUUUCACAAGGUUGAAUCUCGAUGCAAUGACUUCGGAUUGGUCGUUUACCCAAGGAGGUUCUGAAGAAGACCCAAGCAACGAGUUUGAGGUUGGACAACAAUUUGGGAACAAGGAAGAAGUCAUGUUGGCAGUUAAGCAGUACAGCAUCAGGAGGGCUGCGAAGUACAAAAUAGUAGAGAGUGACCAUUGGAGGUACAAUGCACGAUGUAUCCAGUUCGGACCCAGUUGUAAUUGGAGCAUACUCAUAUCAUAUAAGAAAGGUGGGAGGUUAGGAGAUACACUGGUCAUCAUACUUGCAUGUAAACUUCGAUGGGGAAAGAUCAUCGUAGGUUGGAUUCGAAAGUGA